GCGGCGCCGCUUUACGGCCCCGCGCUGGGAGGCGGCGGCUCGCACGAUGGCUGGCGCCGAGCCGCGCGUCCGCUACCUGGCGGGUUUCCGCUGCCCCCUCGGGGGCCUGGCGGCGGGCACGGCCCGCGUGCUGCGCCACGGGGCGGAGGUCUUUCUGUGCGCCGGGAGCGAGUUCGUCUACGUGUACGACCAGGAAGGCGGGCUGCUGAGCGCGGUGUACCAGUUCCCGGGCCGCGUGUGGCACCUGGAGCUCCUGCCGCUCCGCAGGGCGCUCUACGUCCUGUGCGCCCGGGAGGGCGUGUACUGCCUGCCGCUGGACCGCCCGGACAGGUCUCCGAGGCGGGAUGCCGCGGACGGUGAGGACGGCGAGGACGGCGAGCUCCCCUUGCCUGUGAUCCCCGUGGGCCCCGAUGCCUGCGUCCUCCCGGGCGCGGGGCUCUGCACGUUCGCGGUGCUGGACGACGCGCUGGUCACCCUGGAGCAGGGCCCGGCCCAGUGGAAGGUGCGGCUGCUGGAGCGCCCCUGCCCCGGCCAGGAGCCGCGGCCGGACGCCCAGAUCGGCGAGGUGGAGCUGGCCGCCUGCGCCCCCUCGGCGGGGCAGCCGGAGGACCCGCGCUUCCUGCCCGUGCUGUGCUGUGUGUCCCCGCCGGGCUCGGGGGCCCCACGCGGCGCCCCCCCGGCCCACGGGGGCUUCGUGCUGGGGGAGGCCCUCUUCGGUCUGCUCUUCGGAGCCGAUGCCGCCCUCCUGGAGUCAGCCGUGGUCCUCUGCGGUCUGCCCGACGGCCAGCUCUGCUGCGUGGUCCUGAAGGCCCUGGUCACCUCCAGGUCAGCCCCUGGGGACCCGAAGGCCCUGGUCAGAAUCCUCCAUCACCUGGAGGAGCCUGUCGUCUUCCUUGGGGCCCUGAGGACAGAGCCGCGGGCCAGGGACACCGCAGAGGACGGGCUGGCCGCGGAGGACACGCACGCCGACUGCCUGGUGGCCCUCGGUCACCACGGCCGGGCGCUGGCCAUCAAGGCGGGCUGGAACGAGGCCGGGAGUCUGGUGCCGCAGCUCCGAGAGUACCGCCUCCCGGGGCCAGCGCUGUGUGCCGCCUGUGGCGGGGGCGGCUGCCUGUUCUACAGCACCCCCUCCGACCUCUGCGUGGUGGACUUGGCUCAGGGCGGCUCCCGCGUGGACCCAGAGUGGCCGGAGGGGGCCCCGGGCGGCCUGCCGCCCCUGCUGUGCCCAGCCAGCUUGAACAUCUGCGGCAGUGUCGCCCUCCGCGCGUCCGCGGGCCCUGGAGGUGGCACCAAACUCCUGGCACUGUCUGCCAAAGGCCGCCUGAUGGCCUGCAGCCUGGGGCUGGAGGCGGAGGCGCCCGGCCCUGCCCGGACACCCAGGGCAGACGCAGGCCGGAAGAUCAGGGAGCUGCUGUCUGGGAUCGGCGGCGUCUCCGAGAGGGUGUCUCUGCUGAAGAAGGCGCUGGACCAGCGGAACGAGGCCCUGACGAGCCUCAACGAGGCCAUGAGCGUGAGCUGCGCGCUGCUCUCGGGCGGAAGCGGCGCCCGGCCCGUCUCCUGCAGCACCACCGUGGCCUGGAGCCGCCUGCAGCUGCGUGACGUGCUCACCGCCACCUGCCGGCUGCAGAACGACAGCCGCUUCAGCCUGGACCGCGGCUGGGCCCUGUGCGUCCAGCUGCUCAGCAGCUGCUCCGCCCUCGACCUGGACGCCGCCGGCGCGGCCGUCACCUACACCAUCCCCAUCCCCCGGCUCGGCCCCGGCAGCCGGCGGGAGGUGACGCUGCCCCUGGGCCCCAGUGAGGACGGCGAGCUGGACCUGCCGCUGACCGUGUCCUGCGCGCUCUUCUACAGCCUCCGGGAGGUGGUGGGCGGGGUCCUCUCCCCCCAGGACCCCCUGCAGGCCCCCCUCCUGGACGAGGGCCCGCUCGCGGCGCUGCCCGAGCAGGACGGCAUCUGCCUGCCGCUGAGCAGGUGCACGGUGGACAUGCUGCAGUGUCUGCGCUUCCCCGGCCUGCCCGCGGCCGCUGCGCAGGCCCCCGGCCUGGCCGGCCCCUCCGCGGACCCCGUGGACGCCUUCCUGGACUCCUACAGGGGCCCAGCCGGCAAGCUGGCCGGAUCCGCCUCGCUGCGAGCCCAGUACCUGCCCCCGUCCGUGGCCUCCAUCAAGGUGUCGGCGGAGCUGCUCCGGGCUGCCCUGGACAACAGCCGCACAGGUGUGUCCCUGUGCUGUGCGACCCUGCAGUGGCUCCUGGCCAAGAAUGCCGCCGCGGACUCCGUGCGGGCCCAGGCGCUGUCUGCCGUGCAGGCCGUGGCCCCGGGUGGCACUGCCGUCCACCUCCUCGUCCGUGAGGUGGCUUUGACCGAGCUGAGCCCGGCGGGGCCCAUCCAGGCGGUGGAGAUCCAGGUGGAGUGCCCGUGUCUGGCCAGCAUGUGCCGGGUGCACCAUGCCAUCGUGGGCCGCCUGCAGGCGAUGGUCACGGGGCAGGCCGCCCAGGGCUCCAGCCCACCCGACCUCCGCAUGCAGUACCUCCGGCAGAUCCACGCAAACCACGAGAUGCUGCUGCGGGAGGUGCAGAGCCUGCGCGACCAGCUGUGCACGGAGGACGAAGCCGCGUCCAGCGCCGCCGCCCGGAGGCUGCUGCAGGUGUACGGGCAGCUGCGCGAGCCCAGCCUGGUGCUGCUGUGAGCGGCGUCCGCCCCUCCCCCGGCUCCCACUGCCGGCCACCUCUGAUGCACGCAGGAAAACCCAGCACACGCGAGACUUCGGUCUCCGUCCCUGGACAAGAGGCGCACGGCCAGGCGUGAGCCGCCUGGAGCAGAGGGGGAGUGGGACAGAGCCCCCCAUGCCACCCCGGGGGCGGGCCUCGUCCGGGGCCUGCGGGUUUGAGUGCUGCCGCCACUGGCUCCCCGCGCUGCUACCUCGCUCUCUCGGGCUGUGCCCCAGCCUCCGCCCUCAGCCGGGCCCGGCGCCCUGGCCCGGGAGCUGGUGCAGGUGUUUCCUGCCACAACGGGUCCUGUCUGCUGA